UUCAUGCAUCUCCACGUCACCUCCGUGAUUAAAAUUUGCUUAUUCUUUACUCUGUGGGAUUCAAACAAAAAUGUUUUUAUUCCUCAUGAAAUAAUGGACACCAGUGAUUCAUGGAGUUUGAUCUGAUUCGCGCUGCAUGUUGAACGCCGAGAUGUGCAACCGAAGAAACAAGCCAAUAUUUCAUGGGACCAUCUUCCUAGCUCUCGUUGCAGGACUAGGUUACACCUUUUACCUUUAUAAAUUGACUAAAAUAGACUUAGAUAUCGCUAGAGCAGAGGCGGACAAGCAUCUUAAGCAACAAGAGUCGCUAUCGUCCCAGCUCCAAGGUUAGUGCAAAUGUAAAUGUUAUUGUUUUCCUUUGAUUGUAUAUUAUGUGUGUAAAGAAGUCUAGUUCUUACAAAGUAUUACAAAGAACUCUUCAAAAGAAGACUUAAUCUAAUUAGCUUCAAGUUUGUCUUACAAAACUAAUGUCUUGUGCGCUGAUUAGGUUACACGGUUUUAAUGCGUUAUGAAGAUUUGACGCGCUGUAAAUGAGUGAAACUUUAUUCUGUGAAAAAAGUGACUGGAGAAAUAAAUCUCUUUGUUGUACACCUGUUGUAUUUCCACAUCUACCUUUUUAUUAGCCUCGCAAAAAAUAUACAGUGACACUAGUAUAAAGUGGGCACCGAUAGAGCCUUUCUUGGUGUCUGCUUAAUUGAGGUGUUCACUAAAAUUUAGGUUUGUUUUACUGAAACUUUUGGAAGAAACAUUUGAAAAAAAAUUGAGCCAUUUCAUCUGCUUAAUACAGGAUGUUCACCUAGGUUCCGCUUGAUACAAGCGUUACUGUACAUUCAAAAUUCAGACCGUGAUUAUUUCUUCCAAAAGGGUUGAAUCUCUUUUAGUGGUGUGCUGAUCAUCAAUAAAAUAAUAAUAAUAAUAAUAUUAACAUUAAUGAAAUCAGUCAUUGACCAAGGUCUUUAACUAAUGCAAUCAUUGAUUAUGGAAAAAUGGCAUGUAAACAUUUUAAAAACUUGCGUGUUGUCUUUUUAGUGCGCUCAUAAAAAAAGAAGAAAGAAAAAAAGAGAGAGAAUUUGAUAACCCGAAAGCCCAGAAAAACUGAGAGCUCUAGGCGAGAACCAAACUCAUGACCCUCCAAGUUCUACUGAGCUACUGGAACUCUAUGAUAAGCAGGUUCAAAUCCACUGAGGUCCCUUUUCUGAUACAUUUCACAUGUUUUUGUUCUGUUCUAAAAUAUGGUGCAGUAGCUGUUUGAUUAUAUUUGAUGAUCGAUUGGGUGGGUAAAUCCAAUUAUUUCUGAAAAUUGGUUAUGAAAACUCAGCCGAUUCCCAACACUAAUCUCUCUACACCUUUUAUACCUGUCUCUAACAGCAACAGACUAUGACUAUGGCCACUCCCACUAAAUGAGAUGCAGCAAAAUUUUAAUGUUAUGGGUUAGUUAGUGGAAUUCCCUUUUUGAAUUUGCUCAAGAAGUGUGCAAUCUUAAGGGCAUAGAUUUAAAUUACUUUUGAUUUAAUUAGGUUUUUAUGAUAGUAAUAAUAUUGUUGUUUUCAGUUGUGUAUGAACAUCGUGCCCGGCUGGAGAGAUCUCUUCAAAAGGAGAAAACAGACCACAAGAGUACAAAGCUUGGUGCGUACUUUGUACUCAAUCAUAAGUCAAAUAGUGUUUAACUAUUGUCAGUAAUUGGUGUGGUCGCUGUAUACGGUCACUUACAAGGAAAAAAAACAAAAGAAUAAACUUGAACUAAAUUUCUUGCCUCGUAAGUUCUUGUGAUUGCUUAAGAAAUUUCAGCAUUGGUAUUUUCUGUGAUAUUAUUUUAUAACAGCAUUUGAAUGAAAAAAAAAUGAAUGUUUACAUAGUGGUUGCUAACUGGGAAUGGUCGUUUCUGAAAGUGGUCACUAAGAAAGGGUUGACUGAUUGACAAUAAAGUUGUUAUUAUCAUGCACUAGCUAACAUGCAGCUAGUUAACCUUCAUCAAGUGUCCCACUAUUGUUCCUUACAUUAAUACCUUAUGCUUAUUGAGGUACUUAUUGUGUGUAAUGAUUCAUGUUUUACAGAAUUUUCCAAAAAGCAGAAUGAUUUUCUUUUGAAUAUUACCAGAUCAAAGGUGAUUGUUUACGUCAAACCAUGAUAGAAAUUUUGACCUAUUUUUUUUCCGUCCUUACUUGUCAUAUAAAUUACUUCUUCUUAACAAAAGAAUUAAUGUUGCUUAAUUUCAGCAUGAAGCAAUGAACAGAUUUAAUUCAUUAGAAACACAGUAUAAUAUGCUCAAGGUAUGUAUUUAGACAUUUUUUGGCAGAAUAUAGUUUUCAUAGUGGUAGGGAAAAAACUAUUCUUAUUAUUUGGGGAGCAAGGGUGGUGUAGUGGUGAGAGCACUCGCCUCCAACCAAUGUGGCCCGAAUUCGAAUCCCGGCAUCAACGCCAUGUGGGUUGAGUUUGUUGUUGGUUGUCUCCCUUGCUCUGAGAGGUUUUUCUCCGGUUACUCCGGUUUUCCCCUCUCCUUAAAAACCAACACUUUCAAAUUCCGAUUCGAUCUGGAACGCGCGGACACGUUUCAACUAGUUGUUAUAAACUCCUCAGUGCUCCGUGGGUAAACAAAUUACAAUUUACAAAUUUACAAUUUCAAUUUUCUUCUUGUAAUAUUUUUUUAUUGAUUUCUUUAAAACAAUAAAAGGCAUUAAUUGCAAGAGAUAAAUGAAAUCAUGGAUCUCCUUUUAAUAAUAUAAAGAAUCUUGUUUAAGAUAAAAUCAUAAGAUCCUAUAGGUGGGCAGGAUCCUGUGUUUAGAUCCUAUUUAGUGGUCAGGAUCCUGUGUAAGAUCCUAUGAAGUGGGCAGGAACCUGUAUAAGAUCCUAUGAAGUGGGCAGGAUCCUGUGUAAGAUCCUAUGAGAUGGGCAGGACCCUCUAUAAGAUCCUAUGAAGUGGGCAGGAUCUUGUCUAAGAUCCUAUGAGGUGAGCAGGAUCCUGUAUAAGAUUCUAUGAAGUGGGCAGGAUCCUGUAUAAGAUUCUAUGAAGUGGGCAGGAUCCUGUAUAAGAUUCUAUGAAGUGGACAGGAUCCUGUAUAAGAUCCUAUCAGGUGGGCAGGAUCCUGUAUAAGACCCUAAAAAAUGAAUUCACAGAGCCUUCUGUUUCGUCAGCAAGAGUUGUUUCAAAUAAAUGGGUAACUGAUAUGACAAAAAAAUCCCCCUUGCCUCCUAAAGAAAAAGGGAAGAAAGACCAUAUGAUUUGCUGCUUGAGUAGCAUCCAAACUGCAACUGUCAUUUGAAUGUGCCCAAAUUAUGCAGUUGCAUAACAUCACAGGCCUUGUUUAGGGAUAUAAAGUCAUAUAUCUGCUUAACUGUGAGUAGGAGAUUGUUACUCUGUAUGCAUUUCAUUUUAUUUGCCUCAGGCACAAUCCAAAGAACUUGAUGCAGAUUAUGGUCGCCUUCAGCAAACCUACAGUCGCCUUAGUGCAGAGCACGCUUCAGUGACUAAUCAGCAAAAAAGGAAUUUUCAGUUAUUUAAAGAACAGAAAGCUAAUGAAAUAUCUUCCCUUGAAGGUAGGAAUGUCAGAAUUUUGACUCCUGUGUUGAUUUUAAUAACAGAGAAGACAUCAGCUUUAGGAAUUACAAUAAAAAAUUAAUUAUGACUGUAUCAAUAAAUUUUGUGAUGCAUGUAAGCUAAAGAUACAAUAACCCAUAUCAGUACAUUGACAUAGCUUAACAAAGUGUGUUUAUUUUGUUUUGUGUGUACCUUAAAGAGGAAAUCAGGACAUUGAAACAACAAGUUGUAUCACUCAGAACAAAUCUCAGGUCCAAGUCGGAUGAAGUUGAGCAAUAUAAGGUGUGUUCCUUGAGAUCUGUUACGUAUUCAUUUACUGAAAUUGGUAAAAACGAUAACAAAUAAAAGAAACAUGUUUUUAAAAGUAUGAGUACAUAAGGGUGUUGAAUCAGCAUAAUUUAUUAUGUUAGUAAAAUUUCUAUCGUCUGCUUGGAAGAUAUGAAACUUGGUUGAGGCUUUAUGGGCAGUUUCUUACAAGUCAUGAUUGUGUUUUGUCACCCAAGACUUUUGAGUUGAUGUCUUUAUUCACUGGAAUGGAGGAAUGGCCUGUAGUUAAAUGGCGUGAAAUGCAACUCAAUGAUGGGAAAGCACUGGAUCAGAGAAACAUAAUGUGUAUACAUUUUACCUUCUUUUUUGUUAGCAUUCCAGUUCUAGAGCGGUAGCUGCAAGUCAGCAGUACCAGGAGAAACUCAAGGAUCUUCAGGGUCAGCUUUCAAGAUAUCAAGUAUGUGCAGUGUACCUUCACUAAAAAUUUGCUCAGCAAUACUCAGUUCUGGUAUACAGUGUAUAUGUUGUGGUUCAAUUUUAUCCUUGGUUCAAAUUUUCUUUCCUUUUGUUUCAAACUAAUUAUCAUGUUAUUAUCAUACAUUACCAUACCCAAAAACAAAAGAAAAGAAAAUUGGAACCAAGGAUAAAAUUGAACCACAACAUAUAUACCUGAUUGCAAAAACUUUGUUGCUUCAAAAGUAUAUUGUCACAAGCUGCUCAUGUGGAUGCAAAUCCCUAGAGUACUUUGUUUAAGGCUACAUGAUGGUUUCUUUUUAUUGUCUUCUAAGUAAGCUUCAAGGUCCUAUCGUAUAAUUUUCAAUUGUGCCUCAGCAGUAUGGCUACACUCUGUAGAGAUUUCUGAUGUGCCCUGCGCAGGCGAAGUUGUGAGCUUAUUGGCAAGAAUUAAAACUGGAAACCAUGAACUUUUCUGAAAUACACCGUUGCAAAAGGCUUUGAUGACCUAAACUUUUCUGGAAAGAAACUUAAAUUUGCAGUGCUAAUUAAGUUCUACCCAUAAAUCCACUAGGUCCCAUUGUUCAUGGUUUAUACUUUUCAUGCAAUAACAUUUUUUCGAUCAGGUAUACCAGUAUCCUAUGUGAUUUCAUGGGAAUACUUUGUCCUUACCAUAAUAAUACUGGAUUAUUUCUGUUUUAUUGCCUAGGAGAGGCUUAGCAGCUAUGUUAGCAGGUCUAAAACAUCUCACAGAGACGUGAAACUUGACAAAAAGAGGGAACAAGGACAAGAAAGCAAGCUUCAAGGUGAGGUGGAUAGAUUCUAUCACUUUAUAGUUCCUUUCUAGAAUUACUUAACAAAAUGACAAUGGUUGUCUUUACACUAGGCCGUUAAGUAAGACUUCAGAGCUGCUAAGUUUUACUUAACCAAAAAUAUGUGUGUGAAGGCCUAAGUAAAAUCUCAAGUUAUUUUACUUUGCAUCUCAUUAAAGUUGGAAAUUUGAAACGAUUCAAGAAAGUUUCAAGUGACUUGAAAACCAUCCUUAAAAUGACUUAGCAAACUUGCGGUUUCUUGAGCUUUGAGAAAGGCGAAUCAUGUCAAUCAAUCUUAAUUACAUGUAUGAUGAGUGGGAAAAUAGCCUUAAGUUAACCUGAAGUAGAAAAGAAAUGGUUGUGUGUGUGAAGCUUCCUUUUACUUGAAGAACUUUUAAUUUUACUUGUCUUGAAAUAUUUCUUAGCUUAUUUAGGCUCUAGUGUAAAGACUACCAAUGAUACAUAGUCUAGCCUUAAUUUAUCGCCAUUUUACUGCAAGUCUGAUCUUGUCAUUUUAUUAUAUGUUGGAGGUGUUAAGAUUUCUCUCGCUUUACCUACAGAACUCUCCAUGGGUCUUUUAAAUCACUGUUUCUUAGGAAUUGUGUAUUACUAUUUCUUUAUAGAUGCUUUGAGUCCAACGACAAUAAAAAGUAAAGAUGGACAAGAAGGCCAGCACAAGAAAACAGAAAAGUAAUUAUAAUUAUGCCUGACUAAUUAACUAAUGUAACUAACUAACUAACUAACUAACUGAACUGACUAACUGACUAUCUGACUGGAUGACUAACUAACCAAAUAAAGCCUUAUGGAAUAUACAGUUACUGGUAAUCCUAGUUGUUAACAUUGUGACUCAAAAAUUAUGACAAAUUGUUACAUGUAGUUGCUGGCAGAUUGAAAAUAAAGUUGGUUUCAGACAUGAUCUGUUAGACCGUGUUUAUGUCUCGCUCCUAGUAAACUUCCUCCAAUAGCAGAGUACUAAAGUGAUGAUGUCAUAAAAAUUAAUUUCUGAAUUAAGGGAUUCAUCAAGAUAUUCUGAAAGAACAACGUCCAAGAAGUCUACUUGCCAAAAAUGAGCAUUUCGGGGCAAAUUGUCUGUGAGAUAUUAGCCCAGUUAUGCACUGAUAACUCCAUACAAAUCCCUCCAAAUUUUUUUGGGUUGACCCCCAAAAAAAUUUCGAAGGGUUUGUAUGGAAUUGCAGACCACAAAUAUCAUGAUGAGACAAUGCAACAAAGAAUAGUUUUGGAGAGAACUCUGCAUUAUUGAAUAACUAAACAUAGGGUAGCAUACUUGAAUGGUUUAGGCUAUGUUCACACUGUACAGUAUAGCUUUUUGUGUCUUGACUAUAAACACCUAUCCAAUAUAUGACUCUCUACCUUAGAGAUCAGUGCCUGGCAUCUUUGCUCCAUUACAGAAAUUGUGCCAAAAUCACUGUUUUUACGUGUGCACAGUAGCCCUAUACAGUAUGGUUUUGGUGCCAGGGCAAAAACUAUCUGAUAAAGUCUGAACAUAGUCUUAUUUGUUGUAAAACAAUAAAUUAAUAAAUUUGAUUUAUACAGCCCCACAGUCCCCUUUAGAAAUGACAGUAGACUUCAUCAUGAUCGCUCUCGUCGUGAGGUUAAUGAACAAGUCGCACUGCCAAGUGAUAAUAGUAAGUCAUGAUUAGUUCUUAAUUUAAUCGUCUGUUAGAAAUCCUGCUCUUUAGAUUAUACUGUACAUCGGCUGCCACUAUCAAACCUGCUAGUUGAAUUAUUAUAUAUUGUACUUGCUAUCUGUAUUGGCUAAGAGCCUACAGUUAAUUUUGCUUGAAAUGAGAAGAUAACUAACUGAUGUGUAGGCUGUCUGCACAAAUAAUGCGUGAUUCCCAAGAGCAAUGUCUUCUCUGUUUGGAGAAUAAACUGUGUUCAGUGUGACAAUGAGUUUGUUGGUAUUAAUUUCAAAACAACCAGUAACAAAACAGAUUAGUAGAUUCAGUUUUUGUGAUAUCUGGAAUAAUCAAGGUCUUGGUAUUAAGGUGUUUUGCCUCAGCAGAUAACACUUAUCUUGAACUGUGAAUGUAACGGCAAAAACUUCAUCCAAUAAUUGUUUACAAUUGGUUACACAUCAACUGACUUACUAUGAUGUAACCUGUUAGUCUCUGUUUAUCCUGCUACUUUCUAAGGUAAACAUAACAUUGAUAAUCAGUGAAUCUUUUUUCUCUUAAAGAUGCAGAUAAUGCUGAUAUGAGGAAAUCUCCUGAUGAGAAUGUUUAUGAACAAAGAAAGGUGAAGGAAGGUUACACAGCGGAGGAGAGUUAUGACAGCAUGAAGAACAUUCCUCUAAAAGACUCCAAUGUAAAUUAUGGUGCACAACAGGCAGGGUAUGGAGUGAAGGUGGUGUCACCAGGUGAUGGCAAUGCUAUGAACAAGUGGGCUGAUAUUCUAAAGGUAUUUGCUAACUUUGUGCGGCCCUGUUUAAAGUCUUGUCAUAAAUUUGUUCAGCAUUGGAGCAAGGUCGUAGGUGAAGCAAAUAAAUAAUUUAAGUUUUUGUUCAGAUUAGUGCACCAUGACUAAUGCUCUUAUGAUGCAGUGUAUGUGAAUAAAUUUAUCAUUGACCAGUUGUCAUAUUUUACCUGUCCUUUCACCUUAUAUCAGCUUGUAUGUUGAGCAUUUGGCAAUUUGCAUAAUCACCAAGUGAUGGCAGUACGUUACUGAGCAUCUGUAUUCUGCAUGUGAAAUAAUUUUUGACCCCCAUUAAGUGCAAGAUAAUACUUAACUAAACCAACACAUUUGCUGAGGAUGCUGUUUCUGAAAACUGAACAUUGAAGCUUUUAUUGAUGCUUGAUGAAAGAAUUUUUCUCGUUUCUUUUUUUACCAGCAAGCAGCAGAGCAAAGUCGCAGGGAAGGCAAUGUAGGAGUUAGUAAAGAAUUGGCAGGAGAGACUGAGCUAGGGAAAAGCAGAUUAGAUGACUAUCGUAAACAGGAGACUGUUGCUGCUGGAGAUAAUGAUCACAGACAGCUUGGUGAGGAAGAGGUGAAAGAUAAACAGGAUGGUGAGCCAGUGGUAAAUCAAUACAGUGAUGCAGAUAGAAUGCAGGCUGGCAAACCUGUGGUAAAGGGAGGGCAAACUGAUGGGCGUAGCAUACAGACAGACCACGUGGUUGAUCGACCUGGAGAACAGGGAGACCAACAGAAGAAUGAUCAUGUGCUGCAGGCAGGUCAUGUGGCUGAUAGACCAGGUGAACAGGAAGACCAAGAAGGAGAAGAAGAACAGGAGGAGGAGGGAGAGGAGGAAGAUCUUAAAGAAGAUGGAGCUGCUGAUAUAUCACGUGACAGUAUCAACAGUCAGGUUGCUGAAAUGAGAGAAAACCACCAACAGCAGCAAGAGAAACAACGGGGACAACUUGAAGGAGCCCAGGUACAGCAACAUGUGGCUCCCAUACAAGCUGUACAGAGACAAGCGGAAGAACAGAGAACACAGGGGGCAGAGUUAGCCCAGGCAUACCAACGUAUGGCUCCCAUACAAGCUGUACAGAGACAAGCGGAAGAACAGAGAACGCAGCGGGCAGAUUUAGCUCAGACACAGCAACAUGUGGCUCCCAUACAAGCUGUACAGAGACAACAGGAGGAACACAAGGCACAACAGGCAGAUGGUAGGCUUCUUAAAUUUUCAUAUAUUAGUUGUUUCAGUAUUUAUUUCUAGGAUUACUCCAUGUCUCUUUCGUUAGAGCUGUGAUCACAGCCAGAGUUUGAAAGAGUGAAGAGUACAGUGCAAUAUUCACAGUAUCCUAUUUCCGGUGCAGUUGUCGAGACGGGAGGCCGUUAUCUUGAUUUUAGAUUUUUCUCGCCAUAUGAAAUAAAGAUGCCGUCUUUUUAUUUCGACAUUGAUGAAAGAAAAAACUGCCAACAGUUUAUAACUGAUGUUCAGGUUUUUAAGUAUUAUUCAGUCCAUCGUCAGUGAUGAGUACAGUACAUCUUAUAGCCACGCUUCGGUCAGUUUCAGUUUGGCAAAAAUUUUUAUGUUUUUAAAAAAUGUUUGAAAUGUGUCUCUGAAGAAAUGCAAAUAAUUUUAUUGUUUCUUGUCAUUCAUAUGCUCAUGAAUGUGUUUGGAUUUAAAAGUUAUUUGAUGUUUUUGUUUUCUGCAGCUGAUGAUGAGGAUGCAGGAGAUGAUGGAAAUGAACAAGAAGCUGAUCCGGAUGAGAAAGAUCCAGAUGACGCGGGCGAAAAGGAAGAAGAAGAAGAAGAUCAAAACUCACGGCAGCAUCAGGUUCACUAUGGUGACAGGACACUCAAGGGUGCAAAUAAACAAUAGAAUGAACAACAAGUAUAGCGAACAUUAAUUACAAAAAUCUCUAGUCUGUAGCGAGCAAGUCCAAUAUCACAGUUUAAAACUAGAAAUUUGGACACAUCCGUAACACAAGUGACCAUUUGCUAGUGAUGUCAUUAUCCAAGCUACACGAGUUACACAUCCUCCUGACAACCCUUGGUUUCUGUAAAUUGGUGCGUGACUUCAGUAUUACGGUGCCCAUGAAAUACUUUUAUGAUAUUUCAGGAAAAGUCAGUUUAGUGGCCAAUAGUUUUAGGUGAAUAGGUCAUUUGCAAGAUGACGUCAUUUUACUAUUAAGACCAGAAUCCUUCAGGCUUUUGCUUUUGCUAUUUAAACCUCGCCGGGAUUACUAAAUUAAAAAACGAAAAGGAUUCUGGUCGUAGUAGUUAAAUGACGCCAUUGUGCAAAUGGCCCAUUGAAGGCACAACGGUCAAUGGUUUGUUUUCGUGAUUUGUUACGUAAUGGUCGUGUCGUUCAGUGAUGACGCAUACACUAUUGUAUUUUUCAAAUCGUAGCAGCGAAGUCAAAGAGAAGUCAAUAAUUAGGUUUUAGCUACAAUUCAGGUAUAAUGCUCAAUAUGUCAGUGAAAUAAUUAUGAUUACACCACGGUGCAAAGCAUAUUUUUAGGUAGGAAUAUUCGCGGCUUUUCAAGGAUGCACAGACAGAGUUAUGGUAAGCUCUUAUUAAAUACUAGAAAGCGGAUACGAAAGCCCCACUUAGAGUUAAGAUUUUUCAUCACAUUUUCUAGGGUAUUCAUCAAUACGUUAUAUUUUUAGAAAGCUCUAGGUUCUAGCAAGAGAAAAUAAUGAGACCAACUUCCGAUUAAUUCAAGCGUUUAAUUGGUCUAAAAAUAACUUUGGUGAAAUUCACGUACGGGGCGCCCAAGGGCUCAAUAGACUGCAGGGCGUUUCCAUCUUACUCCUACUAUUCUCUCUUCGUGCUAGUGUUUAAUCUUUGAUACUUUUGCCAAAGUUGGUCACCAGGGAUGAUAGAGCCAUUUAUUAGAGAGUUUAAGCGUCACGUAUAAGACAAACGUCAGGUCCAAGUGGAGAAUUUCUCAAAAUAGAAAAUGAGCAGAUAAAAACAGUUCAAAACAAUUCUUAUGGAUAAAAAAUUGCGUGAAACUACUAAUUUAUGUGUAGAAAUAAUGAACCGUAAACAACAAGUAACGGGGAAACUUGGUCACGUGGAACAAAUUUGCGUUCGCCGUUUGACGUAAACGUGAUGCUUAACCUCUCUAUUGGAAUUCAUUGCAAGCAAUUUAGAAGUUACUACAAUGUAGCGUAUUGUAGAAAGUAAACAACAGUUAUAUAGACGAAUCAAAACGUUUUUAGGGAAAGAUCAUAGAUUAAUUGAGUAUUUAUAUUUACAAAAUUGAAUAAAAAUCUCCUCGCGUUGUAACAUCAAUAGUAUCACAGUUUUGUGAGGUAGUAUGUUGGAUUUCACUAAAAUGCGAAAACACGUCGGUAUAUUUAUUGCUUAGAAGUAUUUCGAUGCUUAAAUAAAGUUGCAUAUUUAUUCCUUGUCGGUGCAGUUUAUUUCCCUCUUCUCUUUGAUUUGUAAAUAAAGUUUUUUUAACAGGAGUUUUUUUAACCAUUAUCUAUAAGCAUGGGGCUAGCCGCACACGCCGCGCACUGCUGUAAAACCAAAGAGGGCUUUAAAGGUACUAGAAAGAGACUCUACGCUCAACUGUCUGUCUUUUCUUAGAAAGAAGUGAAAAUAUUUCACCAGAAGAAAAUAAUUUGUUCAUUUAUUUAAUUUUCUUUCACGAAAGCACGGCUUUAUACACAAUAACUUUCGUUAACAGUCAGAGUCGAACCAGAUCAACCUGAGUUCAAAAUCGAAUACGUACACCGUUGUAGCCACUAGUACGCCACAGGUUUUCAACACUUGGUCGUUUCAAGUCGCGAAUCCUUUACUUCGCGCUCCGCCGAAGUAAUAAUCGAGUUACUAAAAGAAUCUGGGGAUAAGCUUGACCUGGUUUGACUAUCGACGACGU